UCUCAACCUGAAAUUAUGACACUCGUUAGGUUAUAACGAUGAUCGUGAGUUCCCACCAUGAUGUACAGUGGUCCAGCCCUCAUUUUCGUCAUCUGGAUAACAGCACAGGUACCUCUAUCCUCAGAAUUAAACUUCAGUCGCGAAGCAACGACCUGUUCGAGUUAAUCUUAACUGUCAGUCACUUUUCACUAAAUACCUCGAAAACUAAGAGGAAUUUCGAAACGUUUCUCAUGACCUUUUUUGUAGAGCGAAGUGAGGGCUAUAAAAAAUGUCUCGACGAAAAUUGCGCUAUCUCCUUCAGAUUCGUCGAUAUUCCUCUAAAACUUCACGUGAACGAAUUCUUCUUUUCGCUAUUGAAUUUUAUUUAAGAACUUGAGGCUCACGUUGAAAAAUUUUCAGUCGAUAAUGUCCCACAUCCUGGCAACUUCGACCAAUCCCUAUACAUCGGAGUUCUCGUUCAGUCCGGAGCACCAUCCCUCGGAGAACCCCAGCUGUCCCACCAGGAAAUCCCGUAAAAUUCGUGAGUCAUGGGAUGAUAAGUAUUUUAUCACCGAUAGUCGUAAAAACGGUGCUGACGACAUCGCGAGAAAUGGGAAAUCAUCGGUGGAAAUUAUGGCCAUCCUUCUGCCGUGUGCACACCCUCCGGAUGGUCCCAUAAACAACGUGAAUAUGAGCCUGUGGGGUUUUCAUCUGCAGAAGUACUCGAAGAUCACGAGGUGCCAUCGAAAAGUUGUCAUCUCCAUCAAAAUUACGAAUGUUGGAAAGACAGACACAGAAGAUCGAUUCAUAGUGAUAGACCACGUGACAGACCCACUUACAAUGCGAAAAUCCCGACUGAUGGAGCCGUACGUGAUAAAAAUCCGACAGGAGCAAGUGCUCCAGCUUUACGACCUGACCUUCCAAAGCGUGGUCAAUGCUGAGGCGACCGAGGAGGUGAUAAACAACGAGAGGGAGACUUUCAUCGGUUGCGAUGAUUACUCGGAUCAUCCCACCUGCGGGGAAAUGUUCUACCGAGGGGUGAAGAUACCACACAGUCAGUUGACGAAUUUCUGGUGCUGAACAGGCGCGCCUGGGUUCCGAAGCAAAGACAGCUCAGGAGAAUGUGCGAUCAGCCUCGAAGCGGCUGAAGGAAGCGAAGAAGGAAGUCCAGACUGCGAAGGAGGAGCGUGACACCCUGAGUGCUGAGCAGCAGCAGCUGCUGAAGGAGAAGACGAAACUGACCCUGACGAUAAACGAUCUU